GCCAAAGAGACCUUGAACAAUCAGUCACAAGAAAGGAACAACUAGAAAGUGAUUUCCAAGUUGGAAAACCUAAAGCAAAAACAUCAAAACAAAAGAGGGGGAAAAAAACUCGCGUCGCGUCGUUGCAUUAGCCACCACUCACUUUUCUUUUCCAGCGAGCUUCGACUACACCAACGCCACUUCGUCCUAGUGCUAAUCAUCGCCUCCUCUUAAUUGCAGCAACCACUACGCUUGGUGUUCUCGGAUCAAAAAAGUGGGGAGGGAGCAACAAGAAACAGAUUUGGAGCGGCACGCCAGUAAUACGGACCCGGAGGGGUGACCUGGGGCGUGGAGAUUUUUGGCCGCUACCUGCAUCUCCACGUCGCGGUCCCAAUCAAGAUCAUUAUUUCUUUCUCCUUCCUUGUCCCCGCCCAAAUCGCAAGGCUUGGUUCUUGCAAAUCGCCUCUUGGCGUGGCCCCAAGAUUCGACGCCCCAGCACCCUCGCUGGAAUCGUCGGCGCUGAGGAGGGACUCGAGGCGGCCGUCGUCGCGCUUGUCUCGUCUCUCGUCAAUCUCCCUCCCUGUCUGGUCUCUUGUUUUAUUGCGGGGAUUCGGCCUGAUUUAGAGGAGCGAGUUGCUGGUCUCGGUGCCGUUUAGCUCGCUCCGGACCGACGAUUUGGGGCAGCUCCAAAGGCAACAUCAGGUCUUUCUUGCCGUUAGCUUGAGAGAUCAUCCACUUCCGCAGGCGGCUUCUCGUGAUCAUUCUGUAAUGCGGUUUGCGGCAGGCGGCAGCUUCCUAGAAGAUUGAGAAAAUUAGGAGGCAUCUGAUACGAGGUCUUCCUGGGUACACUCAAGAAAGGGUGCUGCUCUGUGAGGGCCUCCUCUUGGGCAUCCAUGGGGUUCCUCAGCCUUGUGGGCAACUCCUUUGGGUGCUCUGCUUCCGGUGAGCGGCUUGUCUCAGCUGCCCGCGACGGCGACCUGCAGGAGGCUCGUGCGCUCCUUGAGUACAAUCCUCGCCUUGCCCGGUACUCCACAUUUGGCGGUCGAAACUCACCACUGCACUAUGCCGCGGCGCAAGGCCACCAUGAGAUUGUCUCUCUGUUGCUUGAAUCUGGCGUUGAGAUCAACCUUAGGAAUUACAGGGGGCAGACUGCUUUGAUGCAAGCAUGCCAAUAUGGCCACUGGGAGGUUGUUCAAACACUGAUACUCUUCAAUGCAAAUGUGCACAGGACAGACUAUCUGAAUGGUGGAACUGCUAUUCAUUUUGCAGCACUGCAUGGUCAUGCCCGAUGCCUGCGUCUUGUGCUUGCAGAUUAUGUUCCAAGCAUACCGAAUUUCUGCACAGUAAUGAACCAUAGGCCAUCUGAAGAAGAUUCAGCUUCUGAUUUUGAUCAUGAUGCUUUGGUCAAGAUGGUAAAUCAAAAGGCGGAUGGAGGCUUAACCCCACUUCAUAUGGCAGCAUUAAAUGGGCAUGUAGAGUGUGUUCAAUUGUUGCUGGACUUAGGAGCAUCUGUUUCUGAGGUCACUAUUGAGGAUGGAACAACUAUAGACUUAAUAGGAGCUGGUAGCACCCCACUUCACUAUGCUGCUUGUGGUGGAAAUGUUGUCUGUUGUCAACUCCUAAUUGCUCGAGGAGCUUGCCUUACUGUGCAAAAUGCUAGCGGAUGGACCCCAUUAAUGGUGGCUCGUUCCUGGCAAAGAAAUUCAGUUGAGGAAAUCUUAAGUAAAGAACCAGAGGGCCGGAUACGCACUCUUCCUUCUCCUUAUCUGUGUCUCCCACUCAUGAGUAUCAUGAACAUUGCCAGGGAGUGCGGUUGGAGGUAUCUAAACCAGUCACCUGUUUGUAUUGACCCCUGUGCUGUCUGCUUAGAAGGGAGCUGUUCUGUUGCCGCAGAAGGUUGCAAACAUGAAUUCUGCACAAGAUGUGCUCUAUACCUUUGCUCAACCAGCUACACAUCAGUGAGCCCAGCGGGUGCAAUACCAUGUCCUCUCUGCAGACAUCCAAUCAUCUCUUUCAUCACUCUUCCUGGCACGAGCCCGAUAAGAGAGCUACCGAGAAACAGCCUUUCACUGUCAUUCUGCACGACGUGCCCAGCCGUGAACUCUGAUUCUUCUUCUCCGAUUGCUGCCCACCUGUACCGGACUGAAUUCCAGUGCGGGCGCAUGCCACCGAUGAUGGGCUCAUCCUCCUUCCGCUCGCUGAGCUGCCAGAGGAUACCGGCGAUGAAACUGAACCCAGCAUUCUGUAUGGGUUCCAUGGACACGAACCCCUGCCUCAUAAGGUGCUCAAAAUUCGGAUCCAGCCUGCGGCGCUCAGCUUCCCAGGGAGAGGAAACCAGAAGAGCUUGGCCUCUAACGUUUAACCCAAUUGUCGCCACCAGCAGUUGAUUGAUCGGCUUCGGUAAAUACAUAGCGCCUCUCAGUUUUGUCACCGUUUUGAGGUCUGCUUUUGCUUGCCAAUUCUUUAGUUGGUUUGAUAUAGUGUUCACCGUUGUGAUAUGGUAUGAACUCCGCCGGUUCCAAGUCCUUGUUGAUAUAUGUCAGAAGCAGCAUGUAACUACUACUACUACCUUGGUAUGUAAGUAACCUUGUGGUGUUGUAUAUUUCCGGGAAGCAAUGAAAUGCAAAGGCAUCAGUUUUUCAGUGCAUCA